GGGUUUUCGUAGUAGUUGAUCUGUUCACCCGUUUUCUUCUUUCAUUUAUUUCACCUUAAAACUGACAUACCUAUGGAUAUCUUGUGAUACAGAGACCCAAUUUACCACCCAGAUAACUAUAACCAAAUUAAAAUGGCGGGGUUUCUCUCUCUUCUAAGACGCGUAUACCUCUCCCUCUACAAUUGGACUGUCUGCUUUGGAUGGAUGCAAGUUUUGUACUUUGCUGUGAAGACCUUGAAAGAGUCGAGCUAUGAGAAUGUAUACGACGGCGUUGAGAAGCCUCUUCUUCUCGCGCAAACCGCCGCCGUUUUGGAGAUAUUUCAUGGUUUGAUUGGUUUGGUGAGAUCACCUGUGACUGCAACAUUGCCCCAAAUUGGUUCAAGGCUGUAUGUGACUUGGGGCGUUUUGUAUAGCUUUCCAGAGACUCGAACUCAUUUCCUUGUUAGCUCUUUAGUCAUAAGCUGGGCUAUAACGGAGAUUAUUCGGUAUUCUUUCUUUGGUGUGAAAGAAGUCUUUGGGUCUGCACCAUCAUGGCUCCAGUGGCUAAGGUAUAGUACCUUCCUGAUGUUGUAUCCGACCGGCAUUACAAGUGAAGUUGGUUUGAUAUACAUUGCUUUAGCAUACAUCAUGAGUUCAGAGAAGUAUUGUUUGAGGAUGCCCAACAAAUUGAACUUCUCUUUUGACUACUACUAUGGUGCACUGGCUAUUCUGGGAAUAUACGUUCCAGGAAGUCCGCACAUGUACAGCUACAUGCUGGGACAGAGGAAGAAGGUCCUUUCUAGAUCGAAGAAAGAUUAAUGACGAAGCAAUACACCCUUAUUCUUCGACUUGGUUGAGAACAUAACUGUGGAGCAUUGCAGUGUCCUUGAUUAGAUGUUUCAUUAUUAUUUUCUGGUUAGCAGUCUUAAGAAGCAAUUGCAAUUUGUAAUUUUGUUUGUUGUAGAAAUAGAAAGCUUGUAAUACUAUUCCCUCAACACAUCUAUGAUUAAUAUUAUCACUCCAUUUAUCUGGA